GUAAGAGUGCCAGUUUACUGUGUAAACCAUGCAGCGGGGUGUGGAUGGUGCAAGCCAAUGACAGAGAAGCCUCCUGAUUGUUUAAGCUGAAACGAAACUAAAACUCACAGCGCACGGAUAAAGAGACAAAUAGGAAAACGAGAGUCAGAUCACGGAGAGGAGCAUCGAGGUAACCGAGGACAAGAUAAUCAGAGACUUCAGACAUGAGCCUCCAGGUUUGCAGCUGUGGCUGGUCCAAAGUCACGAGCUAUCAGGGCCUGAGGAUUCACCAGGGGAAGAAAGGAUGCACGCCGAAGGGAAUGAGGAUCCCUGAGAACGAACAAUUCCGAUAUAACAGUCAUGUCCCCCAAAUGACUUUUGGAGGACCUCCAAUCAAAAUGCCAGAGCAUUUUGAGGACCUUUUUUCAACUUUUACCAAGUCUGAGGGUGAACAGAACAUGUGGAUAAAUGUUUGGGGAACUCAUCGAGGGGAAAGCAGACCAAACGCCAACAGAGAGAUAGCGCAGACGUCAGACCUAAGCCUCCAGUUUUGCAUCUGCGGCUGGUCCAAAUUUACAACCUAUCAGGGCCUGAGGACUCACCAGGGGAAGAAAGGAUGCACGCCCAACGGAGUGAGAAUCCAAGAGAGUGAACAGCUCAGAUUUAAUUGUGUUGUUCCUCAAUUAGCCUUACCGAGACCUCCAAUCAGAGAAGCUGAGCCCCUUUUCACCCCUUUGACCAAGCCUGGACCUCCAGUCAGAGAAGCUGAGCCUUUGGUGGAAGUUUUCCCCACUUUUACUUUGUCAGAGAGCAUGAAUAACAUUCAGUUAAAUCGACGGGAAGAAUCUCGUCAAAGAGAGAGCAGAUUGACUGCCAACGCUCCAGUCAAGCAUGAGAAUGUAUUUUCAAGCCUCUCCAACCCAACGAUUCCCGAAGCCAGAAUAACAGAAUUUCUGCAGAUGACCAAACCAUUCAUUAACAAUCAACAGCAAUCUCUGCAAACAGGCUUUAACUCAGACAAAAGCAAUGGAGUCCUUGAUGUCAACAGUGGUGCACAGCCUCUCUCCAUGUCACUGGCGCCACUGACCCUCGGCACGUCAAUGAACUUCGGUACGCCUCUGAACCCCGGCACGCCACUGAACUUCGGCAUGCCGCUGAACCUCGGCUCACCGAUGACUCUCGGCACGCCUCUGAACCCUGGCACGCCUCUGAACCCCGGCACGCCACUGAACCCCGGAACGCCUCUGAACCCCGGCACGCCACUGAACCCUGGCACGCCUCUGAACCCCGGCACGCCUCUGAACCCCGGCACGCAACUGAACCCCGGCACGCCUCUGAACCCCGGCACGCCAGCAAAGUCUGCAGCUGCAGAGGUCGUAUCGGAGGCGACAAACCAACAGUUGUUUCAAACUCCGCCACCGGCUUUUAAUACCACAAGCAGAGCUCGUCGAACCCUUGGUUUCCACACUGGUGCAGUGCAGCUGGAGCAGCAAAUUGGUUUUAAUACUCCAACAACUACAUCUCAGGAAAGAGCCGUCCGACCGAAAGACACAGAGAGACAGAGGAAUGAACGACAACUAGCAAAGGAAAGGCACGACGCGAUAAGGGCAGAUUUACAGCUGAAAAUUCAGACGAUAGAAAAAAAGAUGGCCGAAGUCAAAUUAUCUUCAAAGCAAUGCAAGGUCAGCUUGGAUACUGAAUGGCUGGAGAUAAACAAUGUGUUCUCGGAUGUGAUGAGAGACGUGAAGGAGGCUUGGGACAAAGCCCUGAAACCUCUGGAGGAGAGGAGACACAGAGUAAAGAGAGAAACACAAGUCUUUGUCGAGAAACUGGAAAAGGAAACGGACCAACUCAAAAAGGCCAUUGAGGAGCUGGAACAGAACCAAGACUUGCAGGUUUCUCCUCUCACACCGGAUGACUCUUGGAAAACUGUGACCGUCGACACAUCAUUCGCCUUCGGUACACUCAGAACUACCACUUCAAACAUGAUAAAAAACAUGCAGAAGAAACUAGAGCAACUCUCCUCUACUGAACUCAGGAGGACUUCCAAAUUUGCAGUGGAUGUGAAGCUGGACCCGGCCACUGCUCAUCCAUUCCUUGAGCUUUCCCACGAUGGGAAGAAAGUGACAGAGGGAGGAAAGGAUCAGAGAGUUCCUUACUCUCCAGAGAGGUUUGACAUGUUCGGCAGCGUCCUGGGUCUCAACAGGUUCCCCUCUGGGAAGUCCUACUGGGAGGUGGAGGUCAGAAACAAGACCGGUUGGGAUCUGGGUGUAGCAAGAGGGGACGCAAACCGCAAGGGUAAACUAUCGCUGACCCCCGAUAAUGGUUACUGGGUUACUGUGCAUUAUGAAAAUGAGAAGUACGCAGCAAUAGCAACUCCCCCGGCCAGCCUCGCCCUUACCGAGAAACCUCAGAAGGUGGGAGUGUUUGUGGAUUACGAGGAGGGUCUUGUGUCCUUUUACAAUGUGAUGGCGAAAUCUCACAUCUACUCAUUUACUGGGUGUUUGUUCAACGGUGAGAUUGUGCCUUAUUUUAGCCCACAUCUUAAAGAAAACGGGAAAAACUCUGCUCCUCUCAUUAUCUCAGCUGUGAAUUAGUCGGAGAGUACGUCUAGUAAGCGCGUGUUCUUCACCUGGUACGAAAUGCACGGAGACUGAGAACGGCUCUGCUUGGGGCCGAUAUCGUUACUGAUAUUCGAGGGGGAAAAUUCCGAUACUGAAAUACCGACCGAUAUCUUUCUAGAUCUAUCUUAGAUUUUUAAAGAUUUAUUGAUAUGGAUAAACACUUAUUGUGUUGAUCCUAUUGUGUCCUAUUUCUCAAUUAAAGGCACAAAAGCCCAAAAAUAAAUCUUUAAAAAAAAUAAAAAUAAAAACAGUGUACUGAAACACUAAUUUAGAAAUUUUGAAUUAAACAAUUGUAAAAAAUAAACUAUGCAAAAAUAAAUGGUCAACUUGAAUAGAAUAAACCUCGUCACAUCAGAGACAAAAUUAGCCGAUAGUCUCUUGAUAUGCUGAUAUAUCGGCCGAUAUUAUCAACCUGCCGAUAUUAUCGGCCAGCCGAUUUAUCGGUCAGGCUCUAUUUUCUAGUCCCCUAAAACGUUACCUUGAACUACUGAAAUCGAAAGCCAGUUUUUCUUCGAAUAUAUUACAUUAUUAUCUGGAGAAAUCCCUCCUUCUUUCUCAAACGUGUAUAUUCACAUUUAAUCAGCGUAAGGCAAGACGUGUUUAUAAUUAGAGAUUGAUUUAGAGAUAAAAGCACAGUCAUAUACAACCUCCAAAGAAAUGUAUAAACAUGGAUUUAGCGUCGGAUUUUACAGUGGCAUUAUAAUUCCUGAAAUCGCUUUAUUUACGUUUCAUAAAAGUUUGUCCAUCCUGGUCAUCUGUGGUGUUCUUUCUAAGCUGUCCUUGUUUACACGGUGUAUUUUUAAAUUAUUUCAUUCCUGAUCAUACAUUGGUGAAGAUAUUUUAAUUCUUAUUUUAGUUUGAUGUUGUAUAUAUUUUACAUGUGUGAGGUUGCUGACAUGAUGCUGAAAUGUAUCAAAUAACCAAAAAGAAGUGGAUUUUAUUGUACUUUACUGUAAGUGGAUUAACCAAUCUACAAAUCAUUUGAAAUGGGUCUCUCUGUUGGUUUUUGUAUAUUUGACUAUUAAAUAUAUUUCUACAACAUU